UUGAUCGUCUUAGUCGCUUUCGUUGUACAAUAUUAGCAAACAGCUAUAUUUCCUUUCGGAAAAAGAGGGUAAUAACUCCAAGAGUAUAAUGUCUAGAAUUUAGUUGAGAGACGAUCGCUGCUCACAUAAGUGAUCAGAAAUACAACUCGUUUGAGUCGUUGCAUUUAUCGGCAUUUUGAGGUGUUUUUGUUAGUUUGCAGAAGUAAAAAGGAUAACUAUUAGACAUGGAUCAAAUUGACGAAGACUUGACCCCUGAACAAAUUGCUGUUCUCCAAAAAGCUUUCAACAGUUUCGACAGUCAGAAAUCUGGCAGCAUAUCCACAGAAUUGGUUGCUGAUAUUCUUCGGCUUAUGGGACAACCCUUCGACAAGAAAAUCCUUGAAGAACUCAUCGAAGAAGUAGAUGAAGAUAAAUCUGGCCGUUUGGAAUUCACAGAAUUCGUUCAACUUGCCGCUAAAUUCAUCGUUGAAGAAGAUGCUGAAGCUAUGCAGAAAGAACUUAAAGAAGCCUUCCGUUUGUACGAUAAGGAAGGAAACGGUUUCAUUCCCACAACUUGCUUGAAAGAAAUUUUACGUGAAUUGGACGAUCAACUCACAGAUCACGACUUGGACGGUAUGAUUGAGGAAAUCGAUUCUGAUGGUUCGGGAACCGUUGAUUUUGAUGAAUUCAUGGAAAUGAUGACUGGAGAAUAAACGCAAUAUGGCGAAAACAAAAUCUGAACACCAGCCAAUUGUUUUUACUGAAAGAUUUUCUUAAUAUCAAAACAUGUCACCAGUUUCAAUAACAGAAUAAAAAAAAAUAUUUUUAACUAAAA